AUGGCUCAUUUGGGAAAGGCAUCUCUUGAUACAUUUGAGCCCUUCAAAUGGGUUGUGAUGUGGAUUUUGACUAUCCUUGGUGCUAGGGAACUGUUGUCCCUCAUGGUCUGUACCAAGAGAAUAGGCCCUAUGACCGCACUACCUAUGGGCACUAGCUCCCGCAAGAGGAUCGAAGAAGGCCCUAGUUGUCACAUGCGAGAG